AUGCUGGUGACGGAAGAGUUGGUUUGGCCAUGCAUUAAUCGCUACGUCCGGCGCUGGGCACGUAAGUGCAUCGCUGUCCAGCGUUCCAAUAUACAGCGACACACCUUGACAGCACUUCGAGCACUUCCAACCUCGGACUCCCGAUUUCAUCAUGUCCACCUGGACAUAGUCGACCCACUACCAUCCUGCUACGGACACACGUAUCCCCUGACGUGCGUAGAUAGAUUCACCCGUUCGGCGGAAGCCAUUCCUAUCGAGGACAGCACCACUGAAACGGCUACAAGUACAUUUUUGCAUCAUUGGGUUGCCCGCUUUGGAGUGCCCUCCACAAUCACAACGGACCAAGGCCGGCAGUUCGAAUCUGCCCUCUUCAUUGCCAUCGCUCAGCUCAUCGGUGCUUCUCGCAUACGUACAACGGCGUACCACCCCAUGAGCAGUGGCAUGGUGGACCGUUUUCAUCGCCAGCUCAAGGCAGCGCUCACAGCAACCGAAGAACAACAACUGGGUGUGAGGCGCCUCGGUCGUCUUUUGGGCAUGCGGUCCACCCUAAAAGAAGACAUUGGCUGCAGCACCGCGGAAUUGGUGUAUGGCAUGACACUCAGGCUGCCAAGGCAGUUCUUUGCGUGCAGCUCAGUCGAAGAACCACUUGUUAGUAGUGGUUACGCACUUCGUCUACGAGAUAUAAUAAGCAAACUUCGUGCUACGCCCCCGCGGCAGCCAGGAACGCGGUCCGUACACGUCGACCAGUGGCUCACAGUGUGGUCCAUACGUUUUGUGCGGCACGACGCCGUUCGGAGGCCCCUCCAGCCAUAUAUGAUGGGCCAUUUGAAGUCCUCCGUCGUGGGGAGAAGCACAUCACCAUCGAUAGAUUCAGUCGGUAGGUGGUCGAGUCGCUUGACCGUGUCACGCCGGCACGCACGGUCAGCGGCAACGCUGCGGUGUCUUUGCAAAGGGAGCUCUCACCUCCGCCAAGACCUUAAGCUGCAGCGCGAGCUCAAGCUCCAGAGGUACUCCUACGACGAACGCCCAGCGGACGGGGCUCAAGAGCUCGCCUGGACCUUUAGCCAUUUCUGA